AAAUCACUCGAAGCACGACCCGUCGAACCGACGCUCGCUGCGAUCUUCGCCGCGAAAAAUAGAUAUAGUUUGAUGUUGCCCGGAAUAAUUCGUGAUAAUAGAGCACUGGUCGAGCGGCGCUGAGAAGGGAACGACGCGACACGGACGCCCCCUGUAGUGUGGUGUAGCAUAAGUAGCAGCAUGCCGAUGUAUCAGAGGCCUCCGUUCUGGCGGGUCCCCCGUAUGCGUGAGGACCCAGAAGACGAGCCACGAUACGGCGUGCGGAGCCCCCGACCUCACAGCAGAGCUCCACCGCAAAACAGAUAUAAUGUGACCCCGGGCACGCCGGCGGGACGAGAGCUCGUCCGCGGCGACAUCAUCGCCAAGAUCGACGACUACGACGCGCGCGACCUGCGCCACGAGGAUGCGCAGAACCUCUUCAAGAACGCUAACAACCAAAUCCGCAUCGUUGUUCAAAGGGGCGGAUCAGGGACUCAUCUGUACUCGGUGCCCCGCGCGUCCAGCAGCUAUGUGGGCCGCGUGCCCACACCCACCUUCUAUCACGAAUACGGACAGGACGUGGACCGCGAAGCACCGCGGGGAGCGACGCAGGCGCCGCGCUCGCCGGUACCACACUACGUCGCCCCGCCAUUCAGGACUCCAAGCCCGCUGGCAGCGACGCCUACGUGGUCGGGCCGCGGCCCCGAGUCCCUGCCGCGCACGCCGGUGCCACCGCAGGGACAGUUCCCCGUGCAAUACGAGGGAGAAUACAGGACAUGCCUGCUGUCGCCGUCCUCCACGCGCACUGACGAGACCGUCGACGAGUCCAUUACAAGCCAGCCAUACCGCACCACGCCUCUAGUGCUGCCCGGAGCCAAGGUCCGUCGUGAACCUGGACCCACGGAGAGCUACCUGCGCCACCACCCCAACCCGGCCAUGCGCGCGCCGCCGCACCACGACUACCGCGACACACUCAUGAGGCAGAAGGUUGCCGAGUCGGUGUUGCAGCGAGUCGUCGGAGAAGAUACGAAUAAGUUUGUUCACAAGCAAUUCAACUCGCCGAUCAAUCUAUACUCGGAUCAGAACAUCGCCAACUCGAUCAGGCAACAAUCAUCGCCUCUGCCCCACAAGCCGACGCUGUUGUACGACCCGGCCAAGUCGGAGACGUUCCGCGCGCUGCAGGAGGAGGGCCUGGGCGACGUCGUGCAGGAGGUGCCCACGCCCGUGCAGCCCAAGGUCUUCACCGCGCCGCCCAACAAGCCGGCGCCUACACCUCGCCCGACCAAGCAGCCCGAGGGGAACACGAAAGGAAAACAAACGACCUUCGUAAAUUCAUUACACGAAGAGCACAUUCAACAGUCGAAUUCAUUCAAGCGUCUGAUGUACAACGUUCUAGGUGACACGGAAUUCUAGUGCGGACCUCAUAUUUGCCGCCAUAUGCAUCUUCAUAAUGGCAAUAUCAACAUCGUGCAAAGUUUCUGGGCUAAGUCGCUUAGCGCAUCACAUGCGUUACAGAGGACUAAUGCCUUUAACAAAAAGGACUGAUAUUUAGAAUGUUUUACGGCGGUUAGACGAAGGCGCCUUUAGACUUGUUGGAUAGCAACGAAAUAAGACUAACAAAAUUAAUUUAAGGAGGCUAUCUAUAAUAAUGCUCCUGGCAGUGUGUACUAUUACUUUUCGGUGGAUUUAAUGAUUCUAAUACUCGAGUAUUAGUGAUAUAAUUUAUAUUUAUUAAGUAGCAAUGUAACGUUUAUUACUAAGUGUUGAUUUUCUGUUUGUACAGAAAUUAUAUUGUUUAUGUAUCAUGUGAAAUGUUGAGUGUACAGUCUAGUCACUUCGACCCGAGCUCUGGUCGUGCUACGAGUAUGAAAUUCGAUCAACUUUAUUAAAUAUAUUAUUUAUUUUUAUCUAA